CAUUCUGUCUGUUGUAAUUUUUGAUUUUAUUUAUUUUGUAUUUCAGCCUGCAAUAUUUAUAAAAUGCAACGGUCUUUUUAAAUUACAAUAUUUUCUAAUAUAGAACCACGAUUAUUUUGAAAUGGAUGAUAAAUUAAAAGCGCGACAUAGCUUUAAUAUUUCUAAUUCCGACACCACUUCAAUUGACACUAAAACUUUCUCCAAAUCAGACGUAGAUAUAAAGUCAACGAUACCAGAGAUCUUAAUUAGAUCAGAUAUCGAGAGCUUAGGCAAGAGUUGUGGCGAAUAUUAUAAAAAAUAUGAUCAUGAAGAAAUACCAGUUAAAGACGAUACAUCAAAUGAUAACUCAUACAGAGAGGAUCGUAUGUUUGGCGAUUAUUUAGAUUCAGUUACAAACUUCGAACACAAAAAUUUUGAAAUAGAUGCUCUUAGGAAGUUAUCGGUAAAGUUGCAAAGUAGUGAUACGGCUGUUACAAACUUAGACUCACAUAUUCAACUUUUUAAGUCAACUGUUACAGAAAUUUUUGAUAACUUUUAUACAUGUAUGAAAGACUACGAAGAUUAUAAAAGAAAAUAUAACGAGAUUUUAUCAAAAACCAAGAAUGAAUCCAUGACCGAAAUGAAACAAUUUAUAGAAGACAUGAUUGAAAAUCUGUCCUCAUCAGAAUUAUUAGUUAAAAAUGCAAGCAAAACAUCGGUGAAAAAUGAAUGUGAAGUAGAUAUAAAUGAUGUUACUGUAGAAGCUUACAAAAAUGAUAAUUAUCUCACAGAUUCUACUUUCGAUAAUGGUUCGCAUUCUAUUUCAAAUGUUAAAAAUGAAGAUACACGAAACAUGUAUCAUUUAGGUCACAAACCAUGUGUUUCAUUAAAAAUGAGCGAUCGUAUUUUACUUUCUGAAAUAAAUAUUCGAGAACCAAGUAGAUAUACAAUAAUGGCUCAUAAGAUGUCGUCAGCUAAUGACUUUAAAAAAAUGGCACAAAAGGUGCAGGAAAUAUAUACAGAUGAACAACAGAAUCUUAAUGCACAGGACCGCAAUAUUCCGAUUAAAAUUUCACAUGCUAAGAAAGAUAUUCCUUUAGACGAAGACUUUGUUGACAAUGAGACAGAUGAGCACAAGUCUUUCUUUUUUAAAAUCUGUAACUAUCUACGCAAGAAAUUUUGUAAGAAUUUAUAAUAGCCAAUUGAAAUAAAUGAAUAUAUUUUUAA